AUGGCGACCAAGUCCGCUUUAUUGUCGGUGGCGGCCGGGUUCGUGGCUGAAGUUCAGCAAAUGCUGGAAGAGAGCCACAACAGUGAAAUUCAGAUGCACGUAUAUCCCAAUAUGGAGCCCGAAAUGAGCAAAAUCGCUGUUAUGAGUCUACUCAGAAACAGCGUAAUCAAAUCGCGUUGCCUGAGGGUCAACUAUAACUCGGUUACCAAGGAGCUCGCCCUCGUUGCGUCUUGCAACGUCUUUAACACUUUGUUCAGAUGGAUACGCUUUGAAAUUCGGAGCAGCUUUUUAUCGGAGACUUUGACCCUCGAGGAAAUGGGUGAGCUCGAGGUCAAAUGCGGUGCCACUCUUGCCGGUUUUACAGCACCUUAUCAAGAUUCAGCCAAAGCGCCCGACGUUUCUAUCCGGCCAAAGCGGAUGGGAUUCCCGACAAUCGUGAUACAGACGGGGUGGUCAGAAGCACUGCCCAUGUUGAUGGCAGACAAGGAGCUGUGGAUAACUGGCGCCCCCCAAACCACCAAACUAGUUCUCCUUGUCGUGUGGAAGAGGCUCGUCGACAAUAAGCUCGAGGCAGCGCUUCUGGCUUUUAGACCCGGAAAACCACGCGAAACAUAUUCAAUUUUUCCGGCGACUGGGGCUGGCUCUGCGGCCGACGAUAUCCUAAUCUCUCGAAAUGAAUUGUUUGGAGAUGCCAUUCCAGCGAACUCGAAUCCUCGCGCUAUAUUCACCUUGAGCAUUGCCAGGCUUAGGAAUGUUGCUGAAGGACAAAUUAGGGCAAAUGGGUACAUACCCGUGGGCCCGUGA